AGCCUCCUCCUCCGCUUACUGUCCCCUCCCAGCGGGUCUCCCUCCCUUUGCCACUGCAGUGAAAGCCUCGGUGAAGGAGAGAGAGACGGAGAAGAGAGCCUGAAGCUGGGUGUAAAGCCAGGACGAGACUUCUGAGAGAAACACAACCAUACAUAUAUUUUUUUGUAUUCCUCGCCACAGCUCGGCGGCAGCACCGACUCCCCCUCCCCUGUUGUACCUCUUUUCCGCUCACAUCGCCUGGAUUUCAUCAUCCGACCUGCAAGAUGGGAAAUGAAGCCAGUUACCCCCUGGAGAUGUGCUCACAUUUCGAUGCUGAUGAGAUUAAGAGGCUAGGGAAGAGAUUUAAGAAACUCGACCUAGAUAACUCCGGCUCGCUCAGCGUGGAGGAGUUCAUGUCGCUGCCGGAGCUGCAACAGAAUCCGCUGGUGCAAAGGGUUAUUGACAUAUUCGACACGGACGGGAACGGAGAGGUGGACUUUAAAGAGUUCAUCGAGGGAGUCUCACAGUUCAGCGUCAAGGGGGACAAAGAACAGAAGCUUCGGUUCGCUUUCAGGAUCUACGACAUGGACAAGGACGGCUACAUCUCCAACGGCGAGCUCUUCCAGGUGCUGAAGAUGAUGGUGGGCAACAACCUGAAGGACACGCAGCUCCAGCAGAUCGUGGACAAAACCAUCAUCAACGCAGACAAGGACGGCGACGGCAGGAUAUCCUUUGAAGAGUUCUGUGCAGUGGUCGGAGGUCUUGAUAUACACAAAAAGAUGGUGGUGGACGUGUGAGCGCCCUUCCGCUUGCUGACUCCCCCCCUUCCUCCUCGACACUCGCUUUCUCCACCAUCUCUGAAGAUCUGCUCAAGACGUCCGGCAAAGCGCUCUCUGUGUAACUCAAUGGAAGUAUUCUCUCUCUUUCUCUCUCUCGCUCUCUUUCUUUCUUUCUCUCUCUCCGUGAAGCCACUUUUUCUUUCAAAAAGAACCACGGGCCUCGUGAAGCCAACUUUGAAGUGUUAUUGAACUGUAAAUCCUCUCAAUAACCCGGUCGUAGCACUUUAAGAGACUGAAGGACAUCUUAUUUGUCAUUCGCAAGAGCAACUCCAAUUAUGGAUGAGGGGGGAGAGGCUGGUUGGCUUGUUCAUAUUUCAUCCUUUCUCUUUUUUUUUUUUGUUAAUUGUUAUUUUUGAUAUUUAUUUUUUGUUCUUGUCUUUUAUAAAGAAGAAAAAAUACAAGUAUAUCUACGGUUGUCUAGUGAGGGGAAGUGUAUAGCAUAUUAACACUUGACUUACAGUACAACUAGAAAGUAGGGUAUGAAGUGCCAACCAGAACAUAUCCAGAAACCAGUCCAAGUUAUUACCUAUCAUCACCGCUGAUGUCACGCCCAACUGGCUUGUGACACCUCCAACUGCACGACCUCGAGUCAUAUUACAUGCAAAACUAAAUUUCUGACUUUUUAUGUCCUCUGUUUUAGCUUACAAGGUGUUUGGAUUAGACCAGUAAAGCUUCCAGACACUCUCAGCAAAGCAGUUCAUGUUUUUUUUUCUUUAUUUGUGGUAAGAUUGCUAGUUUUAUUCAUACUUAAGAAUGUGUUUAUAUUGUUGGAGAUUAUCCUUGUUUCCUGUCAUGAAAUCAUAGGUAGAUUAAAUUAAUGCCAAGAAAAUGUCUUUCCAAAAUAUUGUGGCUGCAAACUGAUACAUGGUUUACUCUUGAUGAAGCAUUUUUUUGCGUUUACCAGUGUGCAUCCAUAAGACAAUCUCCAAAGCAAAGCCGCGCUCACACUGACAAAUGAACUGUAGUGAAAUCUUUAGAUUUUUAUUUAACGUUAAGAACAGAGGCUGGGUGGCAAAGAGUGAAAUAAUGGUGAUAUUAUACACCGUUUGUGCGAGUGCAUAGCAAUUUAAGAGACUUAUCUGCAGGCAGCGUUUUUUAACCAAUAUGUGUAUAUUAGGUAAUCAAUGUGCGCUCAUCUUUAACAGCAGGAGGAGAAGGCUCUGCCUCUGCUUCACAUGAGCCCUUCUGAAUACUUUUUUCGGUACAGCGCAGGACGGGUCAGAGUUUUCUUUAACGCAACACUUAAAAUCUUAACACGUUGGCAAGAUCAGUGUGCAAUGGGAUAGACUGUAUAUUGUAGUUUUGUUUUUUUAGUUUUUUUUGGGAACGUGUACAUUUCAAAAGUUGGCUUCCUCUCCCACUUCUUUUUCUGUCACAAUCACCUAAUUUUCUCCCCUCCGACCCACUAACACGAACAGGGAGAAAUUCAACCAAAUGUUUAUUUCUAAGGGAAAAUGCUUCCUACUAUAAACGGCAUUGGGAUGGCUUUUGUUUUGCUUUGGAGGCCGACUGCAGGUUUGAACAGGAGUUUUCAGUCAGAGAUGUGAAAUCAGGAGCGCUCCGUUGUCCCUUAUCCCAAAGCUCUGCACGGCUUGGGCCUCCCUGUGCUUGCAUGACAUGGAAAUAUAUUUUUUGUUGUGCAUGUAGAUGCAUUUUUUGAAAUAAUCCUCUUGUUUACACAUGGAUGGUGAUGUUAAUAUAUUUAAGAAUUUAAUGGUAUACAAUAUGGAUGUUGCCAAACUUUGGUAAAUGUACACAUAUUAUGAGAGGUAAUCCAAAUGAACUGAACUACAUGUAACUUUUUGUAUUUUACCCGGGUCAGCGAGAUGCUUCUAUUCCAGUAAAAGUUGCAUAUCUGAUCCUGUCUCAAACUGCCACACACUGUACUCAGCUUAAAGGGGAAAUUUUGAUGUUUUUUUCUUUCUUUUGUAUAUAAGUAUUUGUUAAAUGCAGUUCUGGCUCUCUGUUCUCUGUAUAGUUCAGACCGCGCUUUAGUUUGUAAGUGCUAUUUUUUCUCAGAGGGACUUGGGUUCUUUUUAGUUUGUGUGGGGGAUAUCUGAAAAGAUUUAAGUUUGAGAACCUUUUUUUUUUCCUUUUUCUGCAUGCUGCAUCUUAUGCUGUGGGACUGUUGGAAACUUGAUACUGUAUGAAAAUUAAAUAAAAUUUAAAUAAACUUUGAAAUGUUGAAAGUAA